GAGGAGAAUCACUACCACUAUGGCCUCUCCGACUUCUAUCUGGUCACGACACUCGGCAUGCUCUGUUUCUCUUUGCAUAUUCCUUGACCCUGAUGAUGAAUAAGAUGGAAGAAAAUGGCAUGCCAAGUGUUGUUAAAUUUUAGUGAAAUGUUUGUUUGCACCGGUUGUGUAGGAUGGGAAGCUGCAUAGGUAUAACCAGGGCAAGAAAUGCCUCAAUCAACGACACAUCGGAGAAUUCAUCGAGGACGAAUUCGGGUAAUUCCAGAAAAAAUCAUCUCUUGUGUCAUGAGAUAAUUAGAUGGAGAUCAGAUGUACCUUUAACCGAAGGUCAAUUGAGGAGUAAGCGAGAUGAAUUUUGGGACACUGCACCAGCCUUUGAUGGUCGUAAAGAGAUCUGGGAUGCAUUGAGAGCAGGUGCAACUGCAGCUGAAGCACAGGAUUAUCAGUUAGCACAGGCAAUAUUAGAUGGAGCUAAUAUUUCUGUUCCAAGCGGUUUCUUAACUGAAUGUUAUGAUGAGUUAGGAACUCGUUAUCAAGUACCUAUUUAUUGUUUAUCUUACCCGAUUAAUAUUGUAAAGGAAGACAGUGGGAGAGAUUCUCCUGCUGAUUGUUCAGAACCAGUUGAUGGAGGAACAGAACAAACUUUAAGACUUAGACUAUCGACUACUUUAGGAGAAGUUAAAUUACCUGUUUAUAGUAAAGAUACUAUUGGUAUUGCAAAAAAAAAGUUACAGAGUCAAGAAGGUUUGGAACCAUCACGCCAGAGGUGGUUUUUCGGUGGUAAAUUGCUAAGUGAUAAGAUGUAUGUUGAAGAAGCUAAAGUACAGCCGGGUUAUGUAAUACAAGUAAUUGUGAAUUCAGAAAAAAUGGAUAAUAGUCCUACCAAAAGUAGUUGAACUUUUACAUAAACACGGCAAAAGUACGUCAUGUUCCGUAAGCAAUCAAUAAUAGGCAUAUUUUUACGCUUGUUAACAAAACUUGUUAACCAUGUAUCAAAGUAAGAAUAUUAUAUUUUUUAAUUUUGUAUCAUAUAUAUAAUUGUGAGUAUCAUCAGAGAUAAAUUAUUUUAGGAUAAAUUGAACAUAACAAAAUUUUGUAUUUAACAAACAACUUUGCUAUUUAAUGAAAUCAUGGGUUAAGUGCAAUUAUAGUUUUCUUUCCUCAGUAUUGUAUAUUUAUCUAUAACUCAGCAUGUAUACAUUAUCUUUUGUAAUAUCGUAUAAAAAAUUUAGCCAAUACUAAGUACAGAACGAAAAAUUAUAU